CGCAAUUAGCUAAUAAAAGUCGUGCUCUAAGAUAAAUACUUUCUGAACUCAUGGUCCCUGUUACCGAGAAAUAUUAAAUAGCAAGAGCAACUGCUACUUAAAAAUACUUGUAGAGAAUUAACGCCAACGAAAAACCCAAUUUUGAAUUUAUUAAGAAUACAAUGAGUUGUCCAGGCUUUGGCGAAGUAAGAAUACCCUCUUCCCGUGCGUUUUGGGAUGAUUGCGAGGAAGACGAAUUCGAAAGCAUUGAGCCGGCCACAAAAGCGCAGCUUAAAUUUAUGGAUGGUUCGGAUGAAGCUCCAUUUGCCAGUGAACUGUUCGUGCUUAUCGAAGGUCCAUUCAUAACAGAGUUUUGCCGUGGCGCGUUACUCGAAGAUGCCAAGCUCGUUUGCGAGAUACCAGCAAAAACUUCCACUUUGCAUUGGAAUGCCUCAAAGGGACAUCUGAUUGCUACUCUAGAAGAAGAUCUGACCAGCAGUGGCGAAAUUACAGAGUUGCUCAUACCCUAUGCAGAGCUGGCAAAACAAGUGCUCACCAUCACCAUAAAACCGAAGGUGGAUUACAAGAGUGAGGAGAUCGACAGAUACAGCGAGUACGUGGCCAUUGUUCACAGUGUGGGUGGCAAGGGAUAUGACAAAACAAUAACCGAGCUGGAAGCACCCAACUUUAUAGCUGGCGUGGCAGCAGGCAUUGCUAGCUGGCGUACUCAGAUGGAGUUACCUGUCAGCUCUUAUGUCAUCUACACAGACAAACUGCCCCUGGAUGUAAUUGCUGCUCAGCCAGUCCUGCAGCUGCUGAAGAAGAUGGGCGUACCGUGCAUUCAACGGUAUUUGCCGCCAGCCAAGGAUAGCUCCUACUUGUACAUGUAAAGGAAGUGCACAUAAGUUUUGGAUGGUUGUUUUUAUUCAAAUAAACGGUUGCGGUUGCAAAU